CUUCCGCGGGCCUCCCGGUCCUCUCCGGCGCCCUCCUUGCCGGCUGGGCCCCAGCAGGCGCCGCAGCCGUGGCCUGAGCCUGAGCAGCCGCUGCGAGCUGCGCCUGGCCUGGGACGGACACCGGACCGCCCCGUCACGUGCGCCCAAGUCCUCGGCCGGCCCGGGGCAGCGCGCUUCCCAUGGUUCAAGGCUGUUGAUGGAGAAGGGGGCGGAUGACAGCCGGGACAGUGGUUAUCACCGGGGGCAUCUUGGCGACAGUGAUUCUGCUCUGCAUCAUCGCGGUUCUGUGCUACUGCCGCCUCCAGUACUACUGCUGCAAGAAGGACGAGUCGGAGGAGGACGAGGAGGAGCCCGACUUCGCCGUGCACGCGCACGUGCCCCCGCUGCACUCCAAUCGCAACCUCGUGCUGACCAACGGCCCGGCGCUCUACCCGGCCGCCUCCACCUCCUUCAGCCAGAAGUCCCCGCAGGCCCGCACCCUCUGCCGCAGCUGCUCCCACUACGAGCCGCCCACCUUCUUCCUGCAGGAGCCCGAGGACGAGGGCGUGCGCAACGGCGGGGAGCGCGUGGCUUACAGGAGCAUCAGCCAGGAGGACGUGGAGCUGGCACCGCCCGGGAGCUUCGGGGCCCUGCAGGCGCUCAACCCCAACCGCCUCUCAGCCAUGCGGGAGGCCUUCUCCCGGAGCCGCAGCAUCAGCACCGACGUCUGACCGCGCCCCCCGCCGCCCACUGGUCCUGAGACCAUGGGAGGGUCCCCGCGGCACACGGGCCUGGCCCCAGGCCCGGACCGGGGCUUGGCCCAGCCUUCCUCGCAUCCUCAUCAGCAGGGGGGCCGGUCGGGCAGCUCGGGGGCUCAGUGCAGGGAUCAGAGCCGGUGAGCGCUAGAGUGGCCGCAUCGGGGGCGUAGGGGUCGCUGGGGCCUGGGCGGGGAAGGGAGGCGGGCAUGACGCAGGCUCAGGUGAGCAGUGGCCUCCAGGUGACAGGCUGCAGAGCAAGGUAGGGCUCUGGAGCAUUGACGCCAAGCUCCUGAUACCAACGCUGCCAUUCGGUAGGGGUAUGUAACGUGGCUGCCAUCCCAGCCCCAGGAACGUGGCCAUCACUGCCGGCAUGGCCCGGCUGUGCCACUCCCUCCCUGGGCCUUUGUCUACCUACUUGCUCCAGGAGGGGUGGCAGCUGCCAUGCUAGGGGCCCUGCAGCACAGGCCUUGCCUGGUGACUGGGGAUCAAGGAUUCUGUUCCAGGAUGGGACCUCUGAACCCCCCCCCCCGACCCCCCCCCCCGCCACACACACACACAGAGACACUGGGCGAGCCGGCCUCCCUGCAGUCCCCUGGGAUGCCAGCCCCAACUGGCUUCUUGGUGAAAAUUGAGGGGGGAGGGGCCCAAUGCCGAGGUCCCCCUGCCUUGGGAGUGUCCACGUUAAAUACACAGCCCAGUGCUCAGCCCUGGCGGGGACCCAGAGCCGUGGACCCCGGGCUAAAAGGCCCAUUGACUCCCAUGAGCCUCCAGGAAUCCUGGUCUGGGUCCCACCUGCCCGGAUUCUCAGGAGGAUCUGAGAGCAAGGCCUUAGGCCGCCCCUUCCCAGCUCCAGCGCCGUGUGAAGCCCUCAGCUGAGCCCACGUGCCACCAAGCUUCCCACAGGGCCAGAGGCUCCUCCAUCCGGCCAGAGGCAUGCCCCAAACCCGGGAACAAAGCUCCCCUCCCCGACUCAGAGGCACUGUUUCCCCCAGAGCCCCCUGCCUUCUCCCAGGCUCUCUCUGCCUCUGGACCCAGCCAUGGAGCCCCCCACCCGUACAGGGUGGCCCCCAGCUGCUCAGGAAGAUGGACCAGGCCCCCCAGCUAAGCCACCUUCCUGAAAGACAAACCUUUGGGGCAGGUGGCCAUCCCCAAACCGUGGGCAGCACGAGCGCCACGCGUCUUGCUGUUUCUCAAACGUGCUCCUGAGCUGUGGCUCUGGACGUGAGUAGAAUUAGCAAGACUUACUAUUUUGGGCAUUCUCGAAUUUUCUUUCCCCUCUUUUUCCUUGCUCCUCCUGCUUCAGUUUGGACUUGCUCAUGGAAUUGAACCCCAAACCCCAGCAUCCCCUUUCUUUGUCAAACCCCAGGAGUUCGUUUCUGAUGCAUCAG